GAGCCGGGCGUCGAUGAGUUCUACAAGAUGGUCCAAAAGCACUGGGGCAGCCUACUCCCCAAAGUUGGCACCGGCCCAGUGUUGCAGGUCAUCGACCUCGAGGGCCCCAUGGCUGCGAGACCGAAUGUGAAAAGGGAGAUACCAGAGGUCAUCGCCAUCGAGGAUGACGAUGACGCCAAGAUGGAGGAGAUGGAGUUCAAAUCCCUUUCGGAAGAGAACCUCACCGUGGAGGAUAUUCAGCAGAAGAUCGAUUACCUCCGGGCAUGCUGCGACGAUGGCUACGGUGUCAUUGUUUUGGAGGAGGCCGACGAGACGCAGGCCGCUGCCCCCGAAGAGAUCGCGGCAGAGGCUGCUUCGGCCGUGGCAGCAGAGGAGGCCUUGCAGGAUGCAGUGGAUGCUACAG